AUUUUCCAAUUUCCAAUAAAUAACCAACCGCAAAGGUGGUCUUGUUUUGUUUCUUUUGGAGAAAGAGAAGAACUGAGAGAGAGCGAACCAUGGGGAAAUCUACCUCCUGCUUCAAACUAAUCACUUGCGGUGGUGAUGCGGCUGAGAAGGACGAUUACCACCAAGUAUCUGAGAUCAAGGAAUCUAAUGAUAAACGCGGAUGGAGUUUCCGCAAGAAGUCUGCAAGGCAUCGUGUGCUUAGCAAUACUGUGAUAGCAGAGGCCCCAUCUUCUGCAAAUAAGGAAAGUUCAGAAUGUAAUAAUUUUAAUUUUCAACCACUUCCUGAACCUAAUGUUGUUGAGAAGAUUUACACAACAAAUUGCUCUGAUGAGAAGCCCCAGUUAUCUUCCUUUGAAAGCUCACAAAUAGAAGAAACAAAUGUCAUUGAAACUGAGGAGAAGGUGGAUGUGAAUCCACCAGAGUCUGAGGUCAUCAUCAUCCAGGCUGCUAUUAGAGGGUUAUUGGCUCAUAGAGAACUACUACAGCUUAAGAAAGUAGUGAAAUUGCAAGCUGCUGUUCGUGGGCACUUGGUCCGGAGACAUGCUGUAGGAACCCUGCGUUGUGUUCAAGCCAUCAUCAAAAUGCAGAUCCUUGUGCGAGCUCGUCGUGCUCGGCAGUCAUGUCUGGAAAACCAUUUAAAUCAAAAGGAUGGCAAAAGGGAUUCCUCAGAAGCUUUGGGAAAUGAAAAUCUCAUGACCAAAUCAAAUGUGAAUUACACUUCCAUUGAGAAGCUGCUUAGCAAUAAUAGGUUUGCUAGUCAGCUGUUGGAAUCAACACCAAAGAACAAACCUAUCCAUUUCAAGUGUGAUCCUUCUAAAUCCGAUUCUGCUUGGAAAUGGUUGGAAAGGUGGAUGUCAGUAUCAUCAAAAGAUAUUGCAGAGUGCAAAGAAAUUAGUUCUCUGAUAGAGCAAUCAAGGGAAAGCAAAGAUAGCACUCCCAUGUUUCAAUUCGAAAUGGGUAUUCCAUCUGAACCUUUUCCCCAAGCAGUUGACUCGAAGCUCACUGUUGAAGAUUCACUUCUGCCAUCUGAGGAUGAAGAAAAGUUGAUUACUUGUGAUGCUGAUGACUUUGAGUUUCAAGCAAGCUACUCCACAUCAUCUAUUGUAAAAGAUGACUUGGUACAGGUUCCUCCUGAAGAAAAAAUUGCAUAUGAUGCCAAAGUUGCCUCAGACGAUGCUGAUUCCUUCCAAAACGAAAAAUCAGCAUCAGAUGCAAGUGCCCCAUCAGAGCUUAAUUCUAUUCAUAAGGGGCCUGAAAUUGCCCCACCAUCAGAGCUUAAUUCUGUUCAUAAGGGGCCUGAAAUUGCCCCACCAUCAGAGCAUAAUUCUCUUCAGAAGGGGACUGACAUUGCCCCACCAUCAGAGCAUAAUUCUCUUCAGAAGGGGACUGACAUUGCCCCACCAUCAGAGCAUAAUUCUCUUCAGAAGGGGACUGACAUUGCCCCACCAUCAGAGCAUAAUUCUCUUCAGAAGGGGACUGACAUUGCCCCACCAUUAGAGCAUAACUCUCUUCAUAAGGGACCUGAAACUGCCCCACCAUCAGAGCUUAACUCUUUUAAUCAGAAGCCUGAAAUUGAUGGUGAGCAGGGCAAACAAUCCAUGAAAAGAUUUGCCUCAGACCAACUAGAGGCUGAAGGAAAGAAACCUGUAAAUGGUUCAAGAAAGGUCAGUAAUCCUGCAUUUAUUGCUGCACAGUCAAAAUUCGAAGAGCUGAGCUCAAUAGAAAAUUCAGGUAGGACAAGCAGUUUGUCCUACCAAGAUUCAGCUGUUGAAUCACAAGGAGACACCUCUUCUGUUGGCAAUGAUACUGCAUAUAGAUCAAAAGAGUUUGCAUUUGAAAAUCCUGCUGCUUAUCUUUCUAGGUUUGCUGGUUCUGAAUGUGGCACUGAACUCUCUAUUUCUUCCACUCUUGAUUCACCUGACAUAUCAGAGCCUGGCGCUAUGGAAAAUGAACGAGAUGCCAAAGAUUUAAUGGAAGGGAUUGGUAAUCUUGAGAACACUAUAAACCAUGAUGAUGAGGCCAAUGACAAUGUUUCACGUGUCAUCCCAGCUUCUAACCUAGCUACUUCUGUUUUGGAUAAGUCAGAGAUUGUUGAUGACAUUAGUGCCAAUUUGGGUCACUCAGUGGUAGCUGUGGACUCUGAAGAGCCUGCUAUUAAGACUGAGAAAAAUGCACCUGACCUGCAGAGAGAGCUGCCAGAGUCUGUUCUGCAAGAUUUAAGAUCAUCUCCAGAAGCUUCACCUAGAAGCCAUUUAACUGUCCCUGAAUCACAAGGAACGCCUUCAAGUGAAGUGUCUGUGAAACCUAAAGAUAGCACUAUCAACAAGACUAGAUCUGGCAAUAAACGUCGGAGCCUAUCAUUGAGUAACAAAUCACCUACAAAUCCAAAUCAUGAUUCAGGCUCGAAAGACAGUAGGGAGCAACUGCCUAAAGAUCAGCAGAAUGGAAAGAGGCGCAAUUCCUUUGGCUCAGUAAAGCCUGAUAACAUUGAUCAAGAAUCUAGAGAUAAUAGUACUAACAACAAUUCUCUACCCCAUUUCAUGCAAGCUACAGAAUCUGCUAGGGCCAAGGUUAAUGCAAAUAACUCUCCAAGAUCAAGUCCAGAUGUACAUGAAGGAGAUAUCGAAGUUAAGAAGAGACAUUCCUUACCUGGUGCCACUGGUAGGCAAGUUUCUCCACGCAUCCAACGAUCAACAUCUAAGGCACAGCAGAGUGCAAAAGGAAACAAUGUACAUCCUCCUCAAGAGAGAAAAUGGCUGAGGUGAAUUGAGGGCGAAGUGUGCCGACAAGCUUCUACGAUUUCAUUUUUUAAUUCUCUUUGAAGCAUAGCUGCUCCGUUUUAUAUGCUUUUUUUUCUCCCUCUUUUUAUAUUUCUUGACUCUGUAUUCUUUGCCUCCCUUUUCUGCUUCCCCAAAUUUGAAGGUGCUCAGUUUGGUUGUGACGGUUGGGAACAUGAAUAUGUAAAAGUGAGUGAGGCUUAUAUAUGUACAUUGUUGCUCUGCUCAUGGUUAUUAUUGUGCCAUACAUGUAAGGCGCACGCGAUCUGUAAGUUUCAGAGUUCAGACUACGACUGCGUAUGAGAUAUUUUAAUGUUAAAUAUAUUUUGCUUGAAUUUUGACAA